GAUAAGUACGGAUGGACAUUUCUACGCAGAGAUUUGCCAUGAACGGAAGAAGUAUGAGACUACCUCCUGGGUUUCGGUUCGAUCCUGAUGAUGAAGAUCUUGUUUUCGAGUAUCUAGCCAAGAAGGUCCUCCACCGUCCGAUGGACUUCGACCUCCCUGAGCUCCGUUCUUGCAAUGUUGAUCCCUGGGACUUGCUAGGAGAUAAGAACACGGAAGUGUAUUACUUUGUGAAGAAGGAAGACCGAGAGAAGAAGGGAAGAGAGACGUUAUCCGGUUACUGGGAAGAGUUUGAAGAAGAGGAAGUAAUGGAGUCUGGAGAUCGUGGUUGUAAUCAUUUAGAAGGAAGGAAAAAGACAUUUGCUUUCUAUAUUGGGAAAAGACCUCGAGGAACAAUAACUCCAUGGAUAAUGUACGAGUUUCGGCUUCUUUCUUCUAGGGCUACAAGGUGGUCAUCGUCCUCCCUGCCUUGGGGUGAGGUAGAGAACUGGAGGGCCGUGAAGGUGAUCGUCAAGGAAGAUAAUGAGGAGGAGAUCGAGGAGGAUGAGCAGGCGUCGGAUGAGUCAGAUGGCGAAGAAGUUGUUCAAAGCCGGUGACGACCGAUCAAUGUUAAUGUCAUAUGUAUUAUAUUAUAUAUGUAAGCAAAUGGUGUUGUAAGUGGCAAAUCAUUCGAGUUUAGUUAGUAACUUGCUUCUUAUAGAAUAUAAGGGAAGUAUCUAGACGAAAAUGAGGCUGCUUAAUUUGUCUUAUUGUCUUCCAAGCCUUUUGGAGUGUAACAGAGGAUGUGUAGCCAAGCCACAUGUGGCUUUGACUCUCCCGUCUUAAUCUUCUCCCAAAAAAUAUACUCCCUCCGUUUUUU